AUGUCGGGUGGCUCUGCUUAUGACCGACACAUCACGAUCUUCUCCGAGCAGGGAAGAUUGUACCAGGUCGAAUAUGCCUUCAAGGCAAUCACAGCCGCCAAUAUCAUGUCGAUAGGCGUCAGAGGCAAGGACUGUGCCGUCGUCCUGUCUCAGAAGAAGGUUCCCGACAAACUCAUCGACCCCGCCUCCGUCUCCCACCUCUUCCAGCUCUCCCCGUCUGUUGGCUGCGUCAUCACGGGAUCCAUAGCCGAUGCCCGUGCCUUCGCUCAGCGUGCCCAGGGGGAGGCAGCCGAGUUCCGAUACAAGUACGGCUACGAGAUGCCUGCCGAUGCAUUGGCCAAGAGACUGGCCAAUAUCAGCCAGGUCUACACACAAAGAGCCUACAUGCGUCCCUACGGAGUGGCCACGACGUUGAUCUCAUUGGACUCUGAGUUUGGCCCUCAGCUGUUCAAGUGCGAUCCUGCAGGAUACUACAUCGGCUACAAGGGUACUUCGGCAGGACCCAAGCAGCAAGAGGCUCUUAACCACCUCGAGAAGAAGUUGCGCAACAAGGAACAUGCCCCGGGCGACUGGACGGAGGUUGUUGAGCUUGCCAUCACGACCCUCAGCACCAUUCUAAGCAUGGAUUUCAAGAAGGGAGAGAUCGAGAUUGGCAUUGUUGGAGGUCCCCGAGCGGACGGCAAGGAGGGAACAGACCCUGGCUUCCGGAUCCUCACUGAGGACGAGAUCGACGAGCGGUUACAGGCGAUUGCGGAGAAGGAUUGA